UUGCUUCACGCCUGUUCUGCUUCGUUUCAGGUGACCGUCAGUCGUUGUCCCGGUUUCCUAUUCAGCAAGGUUACUGGAUCUUCUGCGUCCGAGUCGAAUGAUACGAACGCUUCGACCACAGUAUAUGGAUCCGCAGCCGAGGGAGAUUUGGAUGCUGAAUGGACUGCGUAUCACUCGUAUCGCGUAGCGCCUUCGGCACAGACCAUUUGGACCGAGCUCCGUUCGCGCUCUGGUCUAGUCGAUAUGGAUGCAAAAGAUAAUGACGUAAGCAGUUCUGUCGCAUUCCUGGAUCGAAUUGAAGAGGCAAAGCUUAAACCAAAAGAAAAAUAG